AUGGAGUAAUAGAAUAACUCUUUUAAUAAUCUGGAAGAUUUAAAGAAAUCUAACUUGAAAGCUCUAACUAGUAUUGAUUUACAGUUCAAAAAUUGUAUUCUUAGUAAUGAAUAAGUUGCAGAGCUUAACUCUUCUUUAGCAUAAUGUGAAAAAUUAGAAUCUUUGAUAUUAAAUCUAAAUAUGGAAAACAUUUCAGAUGAUUAGAUAAAUUAAUUAUUUGCUGAAUACCCCAGCAUAAAGAAUUUAGUUGAAACUGGUAAUAAUGUGAGCAAUGAUUAAAUGUUUACCCAAAUAAGGUUCUUGAUAAAUACUUUUUACAAAGACUAAGACAUGAUUAAAGAGCCUAGAUUAAAUCAAAAAGAAGUUUAAGGAUAUAUCCUAUUAGAAGAAGCUAUGAGCAAUCUAAUUAAUCUCAACAGUUUACAGCUAAACUUAGAUGGAAAUUAAAUUGGGGACUAAGGCGCUUUUUGGAUUUGCACUGCUUUACAAAGAUUUAAAACACUUACUAACUUAAAUUUGCAGCUUUGGAAAAAUAAAAUAGGUGACAGAGGGAUAAGCAGAAUUGCAGAAGGAAUUAGCAGCUGUGCUAAGCUUACAAAUUUAACUUUAAACAUAGCAGAAAAUUUAGUUUGCAAGGGAGGUGUAUUUUAUAUUAGUACAGCUUUAAUUAGCUGUAGAACGUUGACUCAUCUAGAUAUUAACCUCUCCAAUAAUUAAAUUGGAGUAGAAGGGGCAUAUUCUUUAGGAACAGCAUUAAUUAACUGUACGUUACUUAUUAAUCUAAAAUGUUUGCUUGGGCGAAAUAAAAUUGGUGAUGAUGGAGCAUAAAAUAUUGUAAUAGGUUUAAGUACAUGCACUCAAAUUAAGAAUUUAGAUUUUGGAAUGGAAUUAAAUUAAAUUAGAAAUGAUGGAGCUUCUGCUAUUGGUACAGCACUUGGUAACUUAAAAUUCCUUACUAAUCUUAAAUUAUAGAUUUGGGGAAAUAAAAUUGGUGAUAAAGGGGCUUAAAAUAUUGGAUUAGGUUUGAGUUAUUGCACUCAGAUUACAGAUUUAGAUUUUAGGAUAAACUCAAAUUAAAUUGGGGAUGAUGGAGCUUCUGCUAUUGGCAAAGCACUUGGUAACUUCAAAUUCCUUACUAAUCUUAUUUUUUCCAUUUGGGAAAAUAAUAUAUGCGAUAAAGGAGCUUAAAAUAUCGCGUUAGGCUUAAGUAACUGCACUCAGCUUAUAAAUUUAGAAUUUGGGAUAAGUUAAAAUUAAGUAGGGGAUGAUGGAGCUUAUACUAUCGGUACAGCACUUGGUAACUGCAAAUUCCUUACUAAACUUAAUUUUUAGAUUUGGGCAAAUAAAAUCGGUGAUAAAGGAGCAUAAAAUAUUGGAUUAGGUUUGAGUAAUUGUACUUAGCUUACAAAUUUAUAUUUAGGGAUAAGUGAAAAUUAAAUUGGGGAUGAUGGAGCUUCUGCUAUUGGUAAAGCACUUGGUAACUGUAAAUUCCUUACUAAGCUUAGCUUUAACAUUUCCUAAAAUUAAGUAGGAGAUGAUGGAGCUUCUGCUAUAGCUACAGCACUUGGUAACUGCUAAUUACUUACAAAUCUUAAUUUUUAGAUUUGGGGAAAUAAGAUCGGUGAUAAAGGAGCAUAAAAUAUUGGGUUGGGCUUGAGUAACUGCACUCAGCUUAUAAAUUUAGAAUUUGAGAUAUGUGAAAAUUAAAUUGGUGAUGAUGGAGCUUCUACUAUCGGUGCAGCAAUUGGUAACUGCAAAUUCCUUACUAAUCUUAAUUUUUAGAUUUGGAGUAAUAAAAUCGGUGAUAAAGGAGCAUAAAAUAUUGGAUUAGGCUUGAUUAACUGCACUCAACUUACAAGUUUACAAUUAGGAAUAAGUGAAAAUUAUAUUGGUGAUAAUGGAGCUUCUACUAUUGGUACAGCAAUUGGUAACUGCAAAUUCCUUACUAAUCUUAAUUUUUAGAUUUGGAGUAAUAACAUCGGUGAUAAAGGAGCAUAAAAUAUUGGAUUAGGCUUGAUUAACUGCACUCAACUUACAAGUUUACAAUUUGGAAUAAGCUAUAAUUAAAUUGGUGAUGAUGGAGCUUCUACUAUUGGUACAGCAAUUGGUAACUGCAAAUUCCUUACGAAUCUUAAUUUUUAGAUUGGGCUAAAUAAAAUCGGUGAUAUAGGAGCAUAAAAUAUAGGAUUAGGCUUGAGUAAAUGCACUUAGCUUACAAAUUUAGUCUUUUAGAUAAACUAUAAUUAAAUUGGGGAUGAUGGAGCGUCUUCUAUCAGUACAGCACUUAGCAACUUUAAAUUCCUUACUAAUCUUGACUUUUAGAUUAGGGGAAAUAAAAUCGGUGAUAAAGGAGCAUAAAAUAUUGGAUUAGGCAUCAGUAACUGCACUCAACUCAAAGAUUUAGUCUUUUGGAUAAAUUCAAAUUUAAUUGAGGAUGAUGGAGCUUGUUCUAUCAGUACAGCACUUAGUAACUGCAAAUUCCUUACUACUCUUAAUUUUUAGAUUCAGAAAAAUAAAAUCAGUGAUAAAGGAGCAUAAAAUAUUGGAUUAGGUUUGAGUAACUGCACUCAGCUUACAAAUUUAUUUAUUUAGAUAGGUUUAUUGCCUCAAAAAUAAUAAUAAGAAUUCAAAAGAUUAGCUUUAAAAAUAAAAAGAUUAGUUAACUUAUAUUUAAUAAUAUGA